CCCCAGCAAAUGAGCAUUUCUAGGAAGACAUUGCGCCUGCGCACUCUGCUGCUCAGAUCUUCUCCUCCAGCUGCAGCCGUAUCUCCUGUGAUCGGGAGCAACAUAAAGACCGGGAGCUGUCCGUUCAGCACCAUAAGGAACGGGAGCUGUCCGUUCAGCACCAUAAGGAACGGGAGCUGUCCAUUCAGCACCAUAAAGAACGGGAGCUGUCCGUUCAGCACCAUAAGGAACGGGAGCUGUCCAUUCAGCACCAUAAGGAACGAUAAUGUGACUGUCCCUUCAGCACCACAUCUGGGGGUACAAGGAUUGGAGAGGUGUCCCUUCAGCACCACAUCUGGGGGUACAAGGAUUGGAGAGGUGCCCCUUCAGCACCACAUCUGGGGGUACAAUAACAGGAGAGGUGCCCCUUCAGCACCACAUCUGGGGGUACAAGGAUUGGAGAGGUACCCCUUCAGCACCACAUCUGGGGUACAAGGACUAGAGAGGUGCCCCUUCAGCAUCACAUCUGGGGGUACAAGGACUAGAGAGGUGCCCCUUCAGCACCACAUCUGGGGGUACAAGGACAGGAGAGGUGCCCCUUCAUCAUCACAUCUGGGGGUACAAGGCCUAGAGAGGUGCCCCUUCAGCAUCACAUCUGGGGGUACAAGGACUAGAGAGGUACCCCUUCAGCACCACAUCUGGGGUACAAGAACAGGAGAGGUGCCCCUUCAUCAUCACAUCUGGGGGUACAAGAACAGGAUAGGUGCCCCUUCAGCAUCACAUCUGGGGGUACAAGGCCUAGAGAGGUACCCCUUCAGCACCACAUCUGGGGUACAAGGACUAGAGAGGUGCCCCUUCAGCAUCACAUCUGGGGGUACAAGGACUAGAGAGGUACCCCUUCAGCACCACAUCUGGGGGUACAAGGACAGGAGAGGUGCCCCUUCAGCACCACCUCUGUAGAUUAUGGGAAGUGGUCCCUUGGGGGGGUUUGAUGUGACUGGAGGUGUGGUGGGGAUGGAGAGACUGGUCCUUCAGCAAUAGCUGCCCAUCAGGAGGGCAUGGCAAGAAAACGGAGUUGUCAAUAGCACUCACUCUGGGACAGAUGAGUGCCCCUUACACCCGUCAUGGGCCAAGGAGACGACACAGACCGGAUCGUGAUCAACGUAGGAGGAACACGACACCAGACCUAUCGUAGCACCCUCCGCACCCUGCCAGGCACCAGACUAGCAUGGCUGGCAGAACCUGAUGCCCACAGCCACUUUGACUAUGACCCUCGGACUGAUGAGUUCUUCUUUGAUCGCCAUCCUGGGGUUUUUGCCCACAUACUUAAUUAUUACCGGACUGGAAAGCUGCACUGCCCAGCAGAUGUAUGUGGCCCUCUGUAUGAGGAGGAGUUGGCAUUCUGGGGCAUCGAUGAAACAG